AUGAGCACCGUGGCCUCUGAGAAUGUCUUUCUGUCCGCUCUCCAGCCCAACAACGCGGUCACCACCUACGGCCUCCCGUCAGAGAUCCAUCUCGGGAGCGGUGCGUCGGGCACGGACGAUAUGUCGAGGGCUCGACGGGUCCAGCAGCAGGUUCAAAUGCGGCUAGCCGAGAAGUCCACACUUCCGCGUCAUAAUGGCUCUAUUUCCACCUCCGCCAUGUCAGACUAUGGAGGGUCUUCCACUAUGAAAUAUCAGACGUACAAUCCGGGUUACAGUUCCAAGUCCUCCUAUGCUUUCUCAAGCUCCAGGACCAUGGCGCCUCAGAUGGCACAGAGGUCCGGCUUCAGCUCUCUAUCAACCGGCCCGGACAUGUCCCAGUUCCACCGGAUUAGUGUCGGAGGCGGUGGAGGUUAUUACCGAGAUGACGGCCAAAUGGGCACCUACCAAAUGAAUCGGCAACAAACCCGUAUGGAACCAGAAAUUGUCUCCUUGCACGGCAUGAGACAGCAGACCAUGGCGGCCCCCGCCUGGAUGGUGGACGGUAGUGAUGGCGCUAGCAUGGCCUCAGACCGCGAUGCCGUAUUCAACCGCCAGUACGUGCAAAGCAAUGGCUACAGCACGCAGAUGAGGCAAAGUGCGGGUUCUAUGACCUUUCCGGCGUCCAUGCGUCGAUCACACAGCGGCACCAUUCCACGUAUGACAGAGAUGGACUUGGGGACUGUCCAGCAAUCUUCCUACAAAGGCCCGGCCUACCGCACCAUUAGCAGGAUUAACAACCGAAACAACCGGAUGAGCAUGGGCUCCAUGUCUGGGACCCUGCAGCGCCAGAUGUCGGGUGCGUCCAGUAUGUUCGGAGGGGGGGUGGACAGAGUGGACUCGGGCUUCAUCGGGCCAGGAAUGUCCUCUGCCUCCCAAGGGAACUUAGCCAUGCAGCGCCGUCAAAGCACCAUUUCCCGGGCCAUGUCAAUCAAAAGCAUGCAGAGCGUGGGCCGUGGAGCCGAUAUAUUCAACGAACAGAUGGGUGUCGGAAGCAUGGGGAACCUCGCCGGGAUUGAAACUUUGGACAUGAGCAGAGCUGUGCAGUAUCUGAGAGAACCAGACUCUGCUUUGCAAGUCCUGGGCGCAGCUUACAUUCAACACGAGUGUUACAAUGACAGUGAUGCCAAAAAUGAGGUACGCUUAUCCAAAGGCAUCAGCGAGCUGGUAAAACUGUUCAACUCGGACAGUCAGGAAGUGCAGCGUUACGCCACCGGCGCAACACGCAACCUCAUAUACGAGAACAUGGAGAACAAGGUGGCACUGAUCGAGGAGGGCGGCAUCCCGCAGCUGGUGGAGGCGUUAAAGGAGCCCGAUGACGAGCUUCAAAAGAACAUCACCGGAAUCUUGUGGAACCUGUCAUCCAAAGACACCCUGAAGGAGAAACUGGCCCGCGAGGCUCUUCCGGAUCUGACCGACAAGAUCCUCAUCCCUCUGUCUGGCAGCGAAGGAUCGGAGGGCGUCAAGCAGUCGGCCUCGGAGGCGGAAAUCUUCUUCAACACCACCGGCUGCCUCAGGAAUCUCAGCUCAGUGAAUGAAAAGACCCGUCAGAACAUGAGACAGACUCACGGCCUGGUAGAUUCGUUGGUGACCUACAUCAAGUCCUCGCUGGAGGAGAACAAAGCGGAGGACAAGGGAGUGGAAAAUGCAGUCUGUGUCUUGAGGAACCUCUCGUACCAGCUCUAUAGCGAGAUGCCCCCGUCGGCUCUGCUUCGUUUGGAGGGGCCUAGCCGAGCCGAGGACUCCGGGAAAGGCGAAUCCAUCGGCUGCUUCACGCCUCAGAGCAAGAAGGCGAAUAGUCGGAACCAAGACCUGUCCACGUUCACCGAAGUUGCCCGCGUUCCAAAAGGCAUGGAGUGGCUAUGGCACCCGCAGAUCGUCGGCUUGUACAACCGUGUGCUGCAGCAAUGUGAGAUCAACUCGACCACGCGGGAGGCGGCUGCGGGAGCUCUCCAGAAUAUCACGGCCGGAGACAGGCGGUGGGCGGGGGUGUUGAGCCGCGUAGCCAUGGACCAGGAGCGCAUGGUGCCAGUCCUGCUGGAUCUUUUGCGCACCAACAACGAUUCGGAGUUGCGUUCCAUCACGGGCUUCCUCCGAAAUUUGUCUCGGCAUGCCAAGGAUAAGAAUCACAUGGCCACAAAGGUGGUGAACAACCUAGUGACCAAGCUGCCCACCGAUGGCUACCAGAAGGAGCCGUCCAGCGACGUGGUGGUCAACAUCUGUGGCAUCCUCAACAACUUGGUGACAUGCAGCUCAGUCGCCGCCAGAGACAUUUGCUUCUUUGACGGCCUGCCCAAACUGGUCGCAAUUAAGAAUACAAACGACUCCAGUUCUGGCAAGAUGAAAGCUGCUAAAGCAGCCGCUACGGUGCUCAGCAACAUGUUCCAGUACAGGAAACUGCACAAAGACUACAAAAAUAAAGGCUUUACAAGACCAGACUUUGCAGACAUGUCCAUCUAA